AACAAAGUGUGGAUUCUCGUCCGUCUUUCUUUCUUGGUGAUUUGGUGGGAAAGGGACGAUCACUUUAAAUCCUUCAUCCACGCCAUUAACAAGUUUCUCGCGUCCAUGAUUAUACCCAAUUAAAUACUCAACCCCUGGAGAAAAUAGGAAUUCUAUAUUGUUUGAGGAAAAGUGAGAAUGUCAAUCGCUGGGAGUGAAAAUUAUCACGGUUACUCUGCGACCGUCUAGGCGGCUCGGCCAUAUUGAUUACGCGUUGACUGGUACAAGGUGUGUUUUUUAUCAUCGUCCAUCGGCUCUGGUUUUAUUCAUCGGGAAGCAGUGGGGUUGUGAGGUGACUGAGAGUGAAGCAUGAUGGCAGAUAUGGCCACUAUCCCCAACCAUACCUCACCCAUGAAGGCCAUCAUCAACAACCAGGUUGUCAAACCUGGUGAUGACAAGUCUUGGAAAGCACAGAUCGUGGUCCCCCCUAGAGACAGAAGGAAACGCACCUCCGACGUGACAGACACUAAAGGCAACGAGUUUGAGGACUUUUGUUUGAAGAGAGACCUGUUAAUGGGCAUCUUUGAGAAGGGUUGGGAGAGACCGUCGCCCAUCCAGGAGGCUUCCAUUCCUGUAGCACUUAGUGGGCGAGAUAUUCUGGCACGAGCCAAGAACGGCACUGGCAAAACUGGGGCCUAUUCCAUUCCCCUUUUAGAACAGAUUGACCCCAGUCAAAACCACAUUCAGGCGAUGGUGAUCGUGCCAACACGAGAGUUGGCCCUGCAGACUAGUCACAUUUGCAAUGAAUUAGCAAAGCAUAUUGGAGUGAAGGUUAUGGUCACGACAGGAGGUACCAAUUUAAAGGAUGACAUAAUGAGAAUCUACGAGACUGUACACGCUGUCAUCGCUACACCCGGAAGGAUCUUGGAUCUUAUGGAGAAGAAAGUAGCAAUCAUGGAUAAGUGCAAGAUGCUCGUCCUGGAUGAGGCGGAUAAAUUGUUAUCACAGGAUUUUAAAGGCAUGUUGGAUCGUGUGAUCUCCUAUCUGCCCCUAGAGAGACAAGUCCUUCUGUACAGUGCAACUUUUCCCCUCACAGUUGAGCAGUUUAUGAAGAAGCACUUAAGGUCUUCCCGCAGAUCACCCUAUGAAAUUAACCUGAUGGAUGAACUGACGUUGAAGGGAGUCACGCAAUACUACGCAUUUGUUCAAGAGCGACAGAAAGUCCAUUGUCUAAAUACACUAUUCUCCAAGUUACAAAUCAACCAAAGCAUCAUCUUCUGCAACUCAACCCAGCGCGUUGAACUGCUAGCCAAGAAAAUCACGGAUCUGGGCUAUUCCUGCUACUACAUCCACGCCAAGAUGGCCCAGGCUCACCGCAACCGUGUCUUCCAUGACUUCCGCGCUGGCCUCUGUAGGAACCUGGUUUGUUCUGAUUUGUUUACGAGAGGAAUAGACAUUCAAGCAGUCAACGUGGUAAUAAACUUCGACUUCCCAAAGAUGGCAGAGACUUACCUCCACAGGAUUGGUCGGUCAGGACGCUUUGGCCACUUGGGAAUUGCCAUCAACUUAAUCACGUAUGACGAUCGCUUUGCGCUUCACCGUAUCGAACAAGAACUGGGAACGGAAAUUAAGCCCAUCCCCAAGGUCAUUGAUCCAGCCCUGUAUGUUGCGGAACAUCACUUCGAAGACGACGACGAGGGAAACAUUAGCAAGUAACUCCCACGUAGAGCACCGAGAGUUAGUGGGAGAGAGAAGGUGUUAAUUCCCAGUUGUUUAUAAGAGUCCCCCAAGGCCACCAGUGCCAGCCAUCAUCAGGGAAGGCAGAAACACCACACUUGCUGCACAAGUCAUCGCCCUCGCUCGUCCAUCUGGAGGAACAUCUUCGACGGAUUAAGGAAAGGAUGAGAGUAACGUGUAAAAGAAAAAGAAUUUCUGAAAAGUUUACGGUGGGAAAAGUACGGAAUGGCCCUUGGAACGAAAGUUUAGUCAGUAGUGUGGAUUGAGACCUUUUCUCAGGUGGUUAUAUACAAAUGUAAAGUUAUAAAAGCACAUAGUGAUCUUUUUUUUGGGUGGGGGGGAGUUUUUAUUAUAAUACGGCAGCAGUGAUGCCGAGAAUGGCCGGCUACGUUCUCUGAUGCUCGGCCGGCUGGUCCACCAAUUGAACUGCUGCGACGGACGGCAAUACUGCACAGGCGAAGAGCAAAGUGAACGUGAUUACAGGAAGCUAGUGUUUCUACCGAAUAAGUGCUGUUGAAAAUAUUCUGUCUGAAGCGGCUGUUCUCUUACAGACGUUAGUGACUGAUAAUGACGAGAUACCGUCGUCCGGAAAACUGUGGGCUAGUGAAGCGGCGGAGGAGCGAUGGCACGUGUGACAGUAAAAAUCUCGGGGCCUCGUUCUUGGACAACAUUAAUUAUUCGCAAGACUUUACACUGACUGGCUUAUACAUGAAACCUUAUGUCGGGUUAUACAAAUGUUAGUCUGUGAUGUAUUUCUAAUGACUGGAACGGACCCUUCUUGUGUGUGUUUGUGUGCGUGCAUGGAGCAAAGACAAGUGAGCAAGCAAGAGUGAAAAUAUUGCCUCCCCUUGUGAAAUGUACAGUAUCUUGUGGUCUUGGCUACUGAAUAUUUAUGUACAGUUAGAUACAAGUGCAUUGUCUACCACGGUCUAUAUAUACUUUUCUAAAAAUUGACUUCCUCGUAAUUGCGUCAAAUGUUUUGAGGUUAAAAAAAAGCUUUUAAAAGAGCUCCAGGUUCCUAAACUCGGGGCUUCUUAAACUGACGUGACAAUGCACAUUUGUAGUUUUGUAAAUCUAUUUUUAUACAAGAUGGAGUCGUGAGCCACCAGUGACGUUAAGAGGGUUUGUUUUUUUCCAUCUGACAGUGGGUGGGUCCUCUUAGUGUCGGCCCGUUACCGUCGCUGGUGCUCCGUGCUCCGCUGUGUACAGUUUUCCGUGUAAAGGUCUGACUCCGCACUGACGUUAUACAACUUGCAAAGCAGGAUUAUUGUGGACGUUACCCACCGGUGCAGUGCCCUGAGAUAAAGACUCUUAACGUGAGGCACCGCGAGUCGGAUGUUUUCAAGACUUGCCAAGUCAGUGGUGAUGGGUUUGAUGGUCUCAGGACCUACGAUGGAUUUUUGUGAAACUUUGAAAGUUUUUGGAUUCGGACGAUCGCCUUCCUCGGUUAUACUUUGGCCCCGUCGUAAACGACACGGCCGAGACUUUGGCGGCACGAAUCCUUAAAUUUGGUUCUACAUAAAUAUUGGCUGCAGGGAAUCUCUCUGCACUUUUAUUAAUUUAUUUUUUUAUAUUGUUUUUUGUGACCCACCCAACUUCACCUGACAGACGAAAAAUUAUACCUGCUCCUGUAAAAAUUGAUCUCUUAUCUUCUCCUCAACUUUACAUAGUCAGGUGAAGUUAUUUUUCCUCUUCUAUAUAUUGGCAAAAAGUUUUAAAAUUUUCAAUCUGGCCGAAAGUGACGACGAAGAUUAGUCAGGUCAAAAUAUUGUAUCGGCCGAGGAGCACAAGACCAGUGGAUGGCGGUAAUCCUGCAGCCACUGUGUCAACCUGUUGUUUAAACUUGUACGCCAGGUGAGUUAGGAUGAACCGAGUCUUAUUCUAGUAACUUAACAAAAACAAAAUGAAGUUGACCUUUAUCUCCUCUUGCCUGGCAUCCUUCCUUCACUGUCUGUCUCCAAAAUUAGGAUUACCUUUACCUGGCCUCACAAGCCAGGAAGAUCGGUCGACCGUAGAGCAUUUCAGAGUCGUUGCGAGUCGUCCAGCCUGGGGUACACUGUCUCGGUGGCUCCCGGUAAUAUUUUGAAAACAAAAUAUUGAAGCUAGUAUGCAAAUUGUAUGGACAUAAAGAGGUUCUUCUCCUGCCAAGUGGGACAGUGUGUUGAAGGCUGGAGGGCUCGCACCUCUCUGGAGGCUUGGACGGUCACCUACCUUAAUGUGACUAGUAUUCUCUGGAUACUUUUAAAAAGCUUCACUUGUAAGCACUAGUUCCAGCAUUGCAACCAAGUGACCCAGGUGUUAGUGUAAUGACCUGAUGAGUGCUAUUUGUCCAGAUAAUACUAAACUUUAUAGUACAAUACAAGGACUCAACAACUGUACUGUACUGCUAGCUGCUGGUACAUCAUAACUGCAGCUUGUAAAUUUCAUGAAGACCAUGAAUUAAGAACGAAAUAGUGACAUAGGUUUUAUGAGUUAAUUAAAAUUGUUAUUCUUUAAAGUUUAUCUUGACGAGGAAUAUUUUUUUAUUCAAAUUAAUUAUGUUGAGAGUUUAUCUUUACAAGGAAUGCUUUUUACGGUGAGUCAUCUGCAUGGAAUUGUUACAGUUCUCAUGGAUUUUGUUUCAUUGUUAAAGAUUUAAACUUUUUAGAGGGAAUAUUAUUUUGAAUGAAUGUCACAUAUUGUUGUUAACUUAACAACUCAACUCAACUCAUUAUUUGUUUGAUACAAGAGGUGUUAACCCUUCAAGUGUGAGGUUGUCUGUACGUGUGUCCCAACCACCAACUUGGGUCGCCUCACUCACACUUACUGUUGUCUGCACACUCUAAUAAUGUUCAUUUUAAUUUAUGAAUAUGAAAAAUACUCAGUGUGACCAUUAAUAACUUUGAAUGAGUUAUAUUGAUAUUAUGAGCAUCAAAAGUUUAGAUUAUUAAUAUUGUUGGGACUGUGGCUUAAGACCAGCACAGGACCCACUAGGGGGGGAUGGGGAAAAACAACAAAAAAAAGUCUGCAUCAAAAUGAGUGAGGAAAAGUUAGAUUGUAAACCUCCUUGGAAAUUUCUUUGUUUAACGUUUGUAUUCUUAUACAAAUUUGUUAAAAUUAUUUGGUCAAAAUUAAAGAAUCCUCACUCCA